CUCCGGCUCCUUCUCGGGGGGUUCGCAGAGCUUGCUCGUCCCGGCGUCUCGCUCUCGCUCCGAUGCAUCGGCGAUGCGGCGCGACCCGAGCGAUGCAGAACGACGGGGUCGUCUGCACGGACGGUUGCGCGUAAGCUGUCCAGGCAACCGUUUCUGCGGUGGCGCGCCGUUCUGGCGGCCCGCACGAGCCGCGGGGUGGGGUCGCUGUGUCAACGUGCGUAAGACCCGCUCCUUCCUGGCGCUCACCUGGAGUCCGAUCUCAGUCCUGGCAUCGCGGGUGUCUUGCCAACGUAUCUCGAAGCAGGAGAGACGGCAUGGGUGACAUUUUGCGGAGUUCCCCGCGGAGUUCGUGGGCCUCCGCUGGCCCCCCCGCGCGCCAGAGAGGGGCGUGCAGCGCCGAUCCAGGAGACCCGCGCGGACCUCCGCAAGGCUUUGCUGAUACAGUCUUUUUCUGCUAGCUGCGGUGCGAUCCUCCGACCCCCGUCUGCUCCGACCCCAUCUGGGCGGCCUGCACGGAGGCCACGAGGGCCAGGGAGCGAUGGGCAAGUACUCGAGGGAGGCGGCCAACCCCAGCAAGGCCUGCAAGGCCAAGGGUGUGGACCUCCGCGUCCACUACAAGAACACGUACGAGGCCGCCCAGGCGAUCAAGGGCAUGAAUCUGAAGGCCGCGCAGGCGUACCUGCAGGACGUCUGCGAGAAGAAGCAGUGCGUCCCCUUCAGGAAGUACACCGGCUGCAUCGGGCGCACCCCCCAGGCAAAGGCGUUCAAGAUGUCGCAGGGCCGGUGGCCUGUGAAGUCCGCGAAGAUCCUGCUGGGCCUUCUGCAGAACGCGGAGAGCAACGCUGACUUCAAGAAUCUCGACACGGACAACCUGUUCGUCAAGCACAUCCAAGUGAACCCCGCGCAACAGGGCCGGCGUAAGACCUACCGUGCCCACGGACGCAUCGGGCCGUACAUGUCGAAUCCGUGCCACAUCGAGAUGAUCUUGGAAGAGAAGGACGAAUCGGUGGAGGCCCCCGCCGAGGAGGUCAAGCCGAAGAAGUUCACCAAGAAGCAGAUGGCCAAGCGCCGCCUCCAGAUCGGGGGGGGUGCUUGAGUGCCCUUCGACCUCUAAGCGGCGCGCCCGUUGGCCUGGACCCCCACGUAGUGCGCAGA